ACAGAAAGUGUUUUGUAGUUAUAGUUAUAAUACUACUAAAAUAGUUAAAUCACUACCUAUUAACUUCGAGUAAAAUGAAUCAACUAUUAAUUGUCACAUUAUUGACACUAUUCGGUGGUAUAAUAGCCAAUUAUGUGUGUCCACCUAACCUUGAUAUAUUUCUACCAUGUGAAUGCCGUGUUGACCCUGGCAUACUGCCCUUAUACAGAAGCAUUGAGUGUAAGGGUGACCAACCCAUCAAUCUGACGGCCCUUUUCCAGAGACUGAGCCAUGAAUUAAAAGCCGAUGAAAAAGAUUACCUCUAUUUCAUGCUAUUUAACAAAGCGGUGGACGUAUUGCCGGCUAAUGUUUUCGCUGACAUCACAUUUCAACAUGUCGAGUUAGAUGGUAAAAAUUUGACCAAGGUGCAUCGCUUAGUUCUCAACGGAACACAGGAUACGUUGAAAAGUUUAGAAACUUUAAACCUUCCGCUUGUUGAUGGGAACGGCGAUUGGGACGUAUUUAAAGCGAUUAACCUUGCGCAUAAUUUAAGUGACGUCACCCUCUUGUAUACUAAUUUGACCAAGAUACCUGACAAUGCACUACAAUCGCACCCAAGUCUCGAAAGGAUUGAGAUUUUGAUGAGUCCGUCCAUCACGAGUAUCGGUAGGAAUGCCUUCAAAAACCUGACAAAAGUAGAGUUCAUUAGUAUCGAGGCUCACGUCAAAGAUAUAGGCGAUGAAGCCUUUGCUGUCAGUCACGUGUCCACUGAUCAGACCUUAUGGUUGUCCUUCAUUGGCAAUAAUCUCAACAAUCAUACCCUCCGUAAAGAGGUGUUCAAUGGUAUCAACCGUCCCGUCGACCUCAAUGUCAUGUUAAAUGACCUGAAGUUCAUCGAGGAGUCGACUUACGAGGCAUUCCUACAGCAGAAUCCCAACCAUACUAUCCAUUCGGACACCGAAUGUAUGGACAGUCGUAACGAUUGGUUGCGUCACAAGUAUCCCAACCAAUGGGUGGACAGGAAUUGUUGA